AGGAGUGUUGUUUCGGCCUGUUCCGCGGCCGCUCGGUCAUUUUCGCCUCUUUGUUGUACUGAUAGUGGAUUUAACUCGGAUUCAACCCAAUAUCCAGCGGACCGUGCUGCUCCCAAACAGGCUCUGAUGAGAGGCUCUUCAUGAUGAGGAGCUAACACUGACGGCCGCACAACCGCAGGAAGAGACGUGGCCGCUGCACCAUCCACAGUCGACGCAUGGCGGUAUUAGGGAACCCCGACAUGCUGACGAGGAAGAUAAAGCUGUGUCACAUCAACGCCCACAUCACAUGUCGUCUGUGUGAUGGCUACCUGAUUGACGCCACCACUGUCACAGAGUGCUUACACACCUUCUGUAGAAGCUGCCUAGUGAAGUAUCUGGAGGAAAACAACACGUGCCCCACGUGUAGGAUUGUUAUUCAUCAGAGCCAUCCACUGCAGUAUAUCGGCCAUGACAGAACAAUGCAAGACAUUGUCUACAAGUUGGUACCGGGACUUCAAGAGGCGGAGAUAAAGAAGCAGCGGGAGUUCUAUCAGAAGUUGGGGAUGGAGGUGCCUGGAGACAUUAAAGGAGAGCUGUGCAACAUGAAGACUCAUCUAGAUCAACGCAAUGGCGACGCAAAAUCAGAGGAGACAGCCAAUAAGGAGGCAGGAGAGGAGAAACCAGAAGAGGACAAUGACUAUCACCGUAGCGACGAGCAGGUCAGCAUCUGCUUGGAGUGCAACAGCAGCAAGCUCCGAGGCCUGAAGCGCAAGUGGAUCCGCUGUUCAGCACAAGCCACAGUCCUCCACCUCAAGAAGUUCAUCGCCAAAAAGCUUAACCUGACAUCAUUUAAUGAGCUGGACAUUUUAUGCAACGAGGAAAUCUUGGGAAAGGACCACACUUUGAAAUUUGUUGUUGUGACAAGAUGGAGAUUUAAGAAAUCCCCCCUCCUGCUCCAUUACAGACCCAAGAUGGAUCUGCUGUAGCUAAAACGGACACAACGGUUGUUUUUCUUUUUUUGGGGGCCCAGUGGCCGCGGACUGUGCCGAAACCUUUUUAUUUAUGCAAAGACUAUCAACCAACACCAAGCAAACACCCGACGGUAACAGUCAACACAAGCCAGCAAAUCGGGUUCUAAAGACGGGGGAGGGGGGGGCAACUACAACAAAAACUGGCAACCUCCAGCACAGAUACUGCGACACUGGUGUGUUUUUAGGAACUAAAACAACCAUUUUUUUGUCCGCUACAUCCUAGAUAUGUGAACAAAACAAAACAGAAAAAAAAAAAAAAAAAACUAAUGGAGAGAAAGCAUAUAUUUAUACUUUUGUACAGAAGAGACACAUGGAACCAAGACACUACUGGUGCUCUGUUUACAAACAAGAUGUCGGGAAUCACGUCUUUUUGAGCUUCAUGCAGAUUUCAUCCUCCCGAGACAAUGACUGAGAGCAGAGGAGGACGUUUUUUUUUUAUAUAUAUAUAUAAAAAGGUGUUUUUUUUUCUUCAACAAUACACUCGACACGUCUUGGGAGCACAGAAAGUAUAUGGAAAAAGUUAUAUAACAACAGGCAUCAAUUUUAAGCUGUUUAUCAAGUAAAUUGUCUCUGAAUCUUUUUUUUUUUAAUUUUCAUUUUGUUGGCUUUGUCUAAUUUGCUAUUGGGUUCUUGAUGAUUGUCAAUUGUGAAUAGGCUAAAAAAUUUUGUGUAGUAAUUUAUGUUCUAUAUACCAAUAUUGUACAUAAAAUGUCAUUACAGAGAGAGAGAGAGAGACUGAAGAGAGUAAGAGAGACUUUAGACUGUUAAAAAAAGAGUGGAUCCCAGAAGUGCUAUCUAUAUGUUGGGCGAUAAGUGUCCGGAGGCGAUAAAUUAGGAUUUUUAAAGACAGACUCACUAUCAGUAUCAAAAUAUAUAGAUGCAUCUUUAUGUUGUCUGAGCAAGACACAAAACGAAUAUAUCAAAUCCUCUGCCAUUUGUGUGUACGUGGGGUCUGAGUAUGUUACAUUGCAUUACAUGACUUUAAGAAGAAAGCUUCCCCCGCCUCCCCAUGCUCCUCAUCUCACCUGCCUUCCAUGGAAUACAGUCAUAUUUGUCUUUUUUCGUUUGUUUUUGUUUGUUGGACAUCAUUUUGAACCAAUUCUGUCUUAACAAUAAUGCUACACAAAACACUCACGUUCAAAAAAUGCCUGCGAGACAUAAAAAUGCAAUAUCUGGGCAGAGAACUUGUUCAUGUUUAUAGAUUUUAAUCUCACACCACGCAGUCCUUAAUAUCCAUCCUCGUGUGUUUGCAGUGUUUCAGCAGCACCAGGCAGGCAAGUACUGAUACACCCACAUGUUUACAGCUUUGAGUUGAGCUGCGAGCAGCAGAUGUUGUUUGCACCCUGCACCCUGCAUACCAUGCAUUUUCCUCUGCUACAUUUUCACUCCAGAGCCAACCCAAACACCAGAAAAUAGUGUUGGCAUUGUGCAUAUAUGCAAAUCGAGGAUACAUUGCAUUUUCACGUUAUUAUGUAAAGUUACAUUUCAUCAACACUGGGAUUAAUGUGUGGACAGGUUUAGGCACCAAAACCACUUGGUUAUGGUUAGGGAAAGAUCAUGUCUUGGGUACUAUCUGGUUUUGGGGGCACAAACCAAACGGAAAACACAGCAAUGUCUUCGUGGCACUAUUUCUGCUGGAAAAACAGUGACGGUUGCUAAAAACACCACAACUGGGUGCUUUAAAGCCACUGGAAAAAGGGCCAAGAGCUACUAAAAAACAAUCACAUUUGAGGGUUAAAAAGCUGCAGGAAACGCAGUGACUGGUCCCCAAAAACACCCAUGGUUGGAGGCUAAGAAACUGCAACAAGCACAGCAUUGGUUCCUGAAAAAGCACCAAUGUUUGGGGGCUAAAAAGCUGUUGGUAAAACGGCCUUCUGUCACUAAAAACACCUUUGUUUGGGGGUUUGAGAGCUGCAGGAAACACAACAACAGAUCCCUAAAUAACACCUACGUCUGGGGGCUAAAAAUAUGCAGGACACCUAACAAUUGUUCCCUAAAGCACCCAUGUUUGGGGGCUGAAAUACGUUCGAAAAACAGCCUUGGGUCCUUAAAAUACACCUUAGUUUGGGGACUAAAAAGCUGCUGGAAACACAGCAAUUACUUGCUAAAAAUCAACUGGUUCAGUAGUCUGCAGCUCAGCAGGCAUUGCACCUAGGUGACAUGCCCUCCACCUUUUGAUGACAAAGUCAGCUCAUAUAUUUCACCAACACUUAGAUUAAUGUGUGGUUAGGUUUAGGCACCAAAACCACUUGGUUAUGGUUAGGGAAAGAUCAUGUUUUGGCUUAGAAUAUCCGGUUUUGGGGGCACAAUCCCCACUGGAAACAUAGUGAUGUCUUGGUAAAAACAACCUAUUUUUCAUGGCACAAACCCUGCUGGAAAAACAGUGACAGGUCACUAAAAAACACACCGACUGGGGGCUAUAAAGCAGCAUGACAAAGAGCCAAGAGUUGCUUAAAAUCAAUGACACUUGGGGGCUAAAAAGCUGCAGGAAACACCAGUGGUUCCCAAAAAAGCAUCCAUGUGUUAGGGCUAAAAAGACAUUGGAAAAAACAGCCUUGGGAUGCUAAAAAUACCCACGUUUGGAGGCUAAAAAUCUGCAGGACACAAAGCAAUUGCUCCCUGAAACAACCAACAUUUAGGAUGAUAAAGUCAGCUUAUACGUCACUUUAGAAACGUUGAUAUGAUACGUAUGAAACAUGUAAAUGCAAUGUAUUCAUGGUUUGCAGAAACGUACAAUGUCAACGUUUUCCUCUGGUGACUGGACCGGCAAAACUCUGUCAAAGCUGCAACACAAUAGAUUUUUCUAACUUGUAAAUUACGCACCAGUCUCGUUUGUCUUAACAGCCUCAAUGACAAAGUGAGGCUGUAACAGAGUUGAGCAUCUUAAGCUAACUCUGACGUUAAGUUUGGACAUUUUCUCGCUCACAGGAAGUGAAUUUGAAAGUUAAGAGCAAAGUAUGGUAAACUGCGACUUUUCUCUUCAGAGCUGGACUUCCUCGGUAUGAAGCAUCACAGAUGGGCCGGCGUGAUAGACAUGAGUGCAGAGUAUUGACGUCACAUCGUUGUGUUUAUGGGGUAUUUUUCAGUUACUUCUCACUGCCAGUUGGAGUUGCAGACGUGCACAUUUGCACUGCGUUUAAGAAGAUUUCUGAAAGUCAAGUGGAUAAUGUUUCUGUCACAAAAUCCAUACAAAACUUGGAUUUUUUUUUUGCAGCCAGUGUUCAAUAUUGUUGACUUCACAAAAUGACACAAAUUUACGAGUAUUUUUGAGAAAUGACUCGCAAAUUCAGGUUUCGCACAGGGAGGGUUUUUGAGCAUUUUGAUAAUGAAAUUCUGAAUAAAAAUGACUACUGUUUGGUCAUUUGGUGCUUCUAAAUGUAUGUUUCUAACCCUGAGGAGGAUUGUUCCUCGGGAACGUGCUGUUCUUUAACCGUGUGACACAGCAAACCGAUGUUCUGUUCAACCACAAAAUGUCUUUACUCACAACAUUCAAACUGCUAAACUGUCUUUAACGUUACAACGACUGGAUCCCUGAACACCAUGUCAGACCUCAAGUAGUAUUACCUCACUGACCUGUCUGUAACUAAACAAUUAUUCACCCUUGCAUUGUAUCUGCCCACUACAAGCUGUUUUAUCAUGAGCAGGGUUCCUAUGCAUCAGAAGGCUCCAGAAGUCUGAAAAAAUAGUCAUUUGACAACUUUUGAGAUUGGAUAACAAGUCUGACACGUGUAAAACACAGACGUUUAUUGGAAAUCCUCUUAUCAUUCCCAGUAUUGUGCUAUGUUUGGAAAUGGAGACUUGUAUAGGAACCCUGCCUCGUAAGGACCUAUAUGACGUGUGUAUUAAAUAGACGUUUUUAUAGCCUACAGGUCUGUACCUAACCAGCUCAACCAAAACUCCUCCUGCAGUCUGUGAUAUCAUCUCUGCCUGUUUGAGUUUUCCUCUUAUGGUAACCUUUGUGUGUAAUCCAGCCGCCUGUCUAAAGAGUUCAUUGUUUUUGGUUUAAAUUCAUGGCAAGUGUGUUUAAUAUGCACCAGGUGCUUGGACCCCAGUGUACCUCCUGCUUGCAGGUCGAGGUGAAAAUCUGAUUACAGAAAUGUAAUUUGCAGCACAAAAAUCCUGCGUUUACAAUUUCUCUUCCCUUCUUAUUUCUGUAAUUAUCCUGUGAUCAUUGUGAUUGCACUCCUGCAGCAGCUAACAACUUUUUAAUGAACUAAGGCAGACCAAAAAAAAAAAAAAAAAAAUCAGAAUUUGGUGUUUAAAAAAAAAAAAUUAUGCUGAUCAACUCUUAAAAUGAUUAAAAACCAAGAACAAUGAGCCCUACCAGCUUGUCAGCUCCUGGAAGACUACUGUGUUCGAACUUGUUGCAAACCCCCACAACAAUAAUGUCCUAAUGUGCUGUUAUGUCUUUGUAAGUGCAGACUUGGUGUUUAAAGGCUUAUACGCAGGUUAUUCAUAGGAAUAAGGCAAAUGUCAGUAAAUUUAAAGACGUUCUGAGGCUGACGUCACAGUGAUCUGGUUUUACGUUGGUGAAAAUGCGGUUUGACUCUGAUAUCAGCCGCUACAAACUUCAGCUUCUGCUCUCCGCCUCAUCAUGUUCACGUGUCGUCACCUCGUGGCUCUGCAGUCUGUUGAUGAUGAAAUCUCUUCAGUGUACAUAAGCUUUUUCCUCAGGUGAUUAAGCUGUAAAACACCCAACACAAGGUGCUACGAUAACGGUGACUACAAACGCAAACAAAUGUUAUCAACACUUACAUUUCUGUAUUAUGCAGAGCACUGCAUACACUGUGUCGUACUGAUUAGAAGGACUGGCAUUGAAACAAAGGUUACAUCUAUACGUGUGUUCAUUUUUUUUUCUUUACACUGAGGUGGUUGCGUUCACACUGCUGCACUUUUGGGUUUCCCCCUCACAUCAGAUUAUUCCUCAUUGCUGUGAAGAGGAAAAUGUUGUGUAGUCCUUCUCUUUAUUCUGAAAUCCACAAAUAUAUCGAAUUAAAGUCCAACUGAUGACAAACGUAUGAAUAUUUUACCAAAAUGGUGAUCGUGACAAAACAGUUGCACAAGCAAAAACAAAGCUUUCUCAUCAGAACUCGUCCAACACCUACAAUUUUGUGCAAGGUAUCUUCCUGUGUCUGAUUUUUACGUUCUUGGAUGGCGAGUCAAUUUACACUUGUUACAUGUAUCGUGUCUUUUCAAAGUACACCUCCGUUUUCACAGGGAAUGCACAGUUUCUGCUCGGGACAUGUAUAGUCUUUAAAAAUAAAACGUACAAUGCAUCUAAAAACAGCUCGAUUUAACAUUUAUUUCCUUAAGUUUAGGCAACAAAAACACAUGGUUAGGUUCAGAAAACGAACAUGAUUUGGCUUAAAAUAAGUUGUUAGUCGUAGCGUGCUGCACAUACUAGCACACUGUGUGUUCUUAUUAAAAUAACUUGACACUGGAAACAAACAGCAGCUGAGCCAUAUCACAUCAUAACAAUGGCGUACAACACUUUUUGCAUUUGCCUAAAGGCUCAGUUGGUGGCACACUAUUAAAGAACAUGGGGGAUAGUUAAUUCGUUUUGAUGAGGCAUCUGCAGCCGGCCUUGGGUUGGAAUAUUUUUGGUACGAAAGCUAAAGAUAUGAGGCAGAAUAACAAUUCUGUAAUUAUUAAAAAAAAAAAGUCUGACCAUAAACAAAUGCUUACUAUUGGCAAACACUAAUAAAUAUUGGCUGCCAUCCAGUUAAGUGCACCUAAAAGUUCUUCAGAUCAUAGAGGCUAAAAAGAGCUCACCCAAAGAACACCUGAGCAGAAACCAUCCCUUUAUUUCGAGCGCUGUCUGCUGUAACCCUCCAGCAUCGCAGUAGUGACACCCCAUAGCUUUCAUGGUGGGCGGUUUCACACCUGUAAUCUUGGUUUGAAUCAAACUGAGAAGUCCGGACCGAACAAUAUAGGUAUCAAAGAGCUCUAAGAAUCCAUCAGCUCUGCAGGACUGAUUACUACCUGCGACUUUUCUGUCACCACCAGAGUGAAAUAUAUGAUUCAACCCAAAGAGCCGCAGUGUGAACGAAGCCUUUCACUUUGUCCGUGUUGAUUUUAAGAGUAUUGUUCCCAGAACCCUGUAAUCUGUGUGACAGAUGAGGAACCUGAUGGAAAGGGCGAUGCCGCAGUGACCGUCAGAUCUCUGGUGCUUCCUUUGGUGCUAACGACUCCUCGUUCAAACUUCAGACUAAGACAGCAAAGCACUGUGUCGCUCCCGUCGCCUUUUUUUUCUCCGCCACACGUCUUUGCUCUGAACUCGUCCGUGCUCGAGUCCUCGGGUGUCUUUUCUUGUCAGAGCUGUCUCGCUGUGCAGAUUCAGAAGGUGCUGGCUUCAUCCCUGCCUCUCCCGCCCCACCACCCAUCCCCUUUUGUCAUUGAUUUGUUGGGUUUGGUUUCCCCACUUGUCUGGGCUUGCUCUGGAAAACAAACAGAGGGGAUUUUAAGAAGUCAGAGUGUGACGGGGCUGAUGCUGUGAAAAACAAGAAAACUAGUGAGAAAUCGGGUGUGCUAGCUGCAAUUUCCUGCCUCUAAGAGAAACUCACACUUAUUAUAGGCUGUGCUGGUGAGGUGUUUGCACCUCCCAAAGUCAGAUUGAGACUUGACGAAAAAUGAAGAAUCACAUAAAGUUGAUUUUGUUCUUUUGAGCCUCUCAUCACCAGAGUGUGUGCAUACUGCAUCUUCAACCUCCUGCGCAGCAGAGAGAAGAGACGCUUUUUUAUCUGCACCAACAUUAAGACAUCAGCGCAGCUACGCUUGACUGCCAAACUGAGAGGCUUACAGGCGGCUUGACUCCGCCUCGCUGCAGACUGGGGUCAGUAUCGGCUGGUGAGGCCGUGAUCUGUCAGUUCUCGGCCUCAUCUUCUCUGCUUUGACCUUGAACACCUGUCAGCCCGUUCGUUAUCCCCUGCCAAGAUCUGUGCGAGGCUCAGGGGUGAGCUGUGUGAAAUGUUGAUUGGAGGCGCAGCUUCACGCGGACUGUCAGCACCAGUACAUCGUAGUGCACACCACCAAGUAAACAAUUUAUUCUUCUUUGUGCACGGACCCUGAACACAUCAUGUCUCAGAAGCUUGUGCUCUAAAGGCAGCAACAUUCAUUUCAAGCUUGUUGGCAGCAGAAUCAUUCCUGGCAACUUAAAAUGGCUCUUCUAUGCUCGCUCCGCUGUAAUAAGUAUCCACUCUGGGAGUGUGAUAGCUUUCUUUGUUGCCCAGCUCACACUCUCCCUUAUUUCUGAGUCCUCUGUAAAGUUCAGUAAUCUCACAGGCAGGCUUUGUGCGUGGCAGAGAAGGAGACCUCGAGGGUCACUCAGAUGGCCACAUGGACUAACACACACUCAAAAAACAUAUAUUAUUGUCUGGCCGGGGCGGCACUGCACUGCACCGCAGCGCUGCAGCUGAUGCCGCCUCUAAAAGGCUGCUGGGCUCUGAAAAGCAGCUCACUCAAGUGCACUGAAUCACGUCGCCGCGGGUGGUGCAGUUUGAGAGCAAAUGACUGGUUAAAUUAUGGAUUGUUACGCCACUUCAGGAUCGUGACUGUUGCUUUAAGAGAUUGUUCACUGGUGGCAGGAUCAGCUGAGUCCUCUUUCAAAGACACACUGGUUGAAAACGACUCCUCCUGUGUGUUCAACUGAUAAAGGUUGUUUCAGUAAUCGAUUACCAGACCUCACAGUGGCGCGCCCCCAUGAGCCAUAGCAGAUGUCAUCAAUUAAUCUGUCCAGUUUUUUUUUUUUUUUAAAUUAAUGUUAUUUAUUUAUGCUGAAAAAGUGACUUCUGCAGUAGAAUUUCUGACGUUGCUCAUUUUUUGCUCAAAAACAAAAAAAAUUGUAUUUCUCUCCUGUUUUUUUGCUGAACUGAUACAGAGCUCAUAAAAUGGCUUAAAUUAUGAAUUUCAAAUUGAAUUCCCUUUUUUGUAUUAUUCCAAGUGUGUUAAUGUCUCCGCAAUGCUCCGUCUGUGUAUAACAACACAUAGGUGUCUUCUUUUUUAGGUCAAGCGCAAAAAAAAAAAGAAAAGGACAAAAAAAGAAAUGUGAAUCUGGCAAUGUGGUUAUUGUUAUUGCAAGGAAGAUGUGCAAUAUACGGUUCUCAGAUGGUUCCAGGUUUCGGCGUAGAACUCCAAUAGUUGACUUUGUUUUUUCAUUUUUCCAGUCAGUUCCUCAGGUCACUAAAUGCCUUCUGGUCCUGAGGGUGACCAGGAAAUCUCAGAACAUACACUAAUGCACCCGAAAUACAAAACGACUGGAUUUUAUUUUAGUCUUGUCUCUCUCUCUUUUCUUUCCUCCCCGUUUUGUUUUCUGUGACAAUUUUCUCCUUUGUUUUUAUUUUCAGGUUAACCCAGGCACUUAUUCAGGUGUCCUUUUCCUUGCCUCCUUUUGUAUUAUUGUUAUUUAUUGCACAUGUAAUGAACUGGUUUCCAUUGCCACAUUGAAUUCAAGGAGUUUUGGGUCUAGAAUGGGGCUGGAAUUUCUUACGUACAAAACUACAGAAGCUUUUGUCAAAACCUAAGUGUGUAUUUCAUCAAUAAAUGCCUUUAAAAGUCA